CCAUAAUGCAUUGCGAAAAACAUCUCUUUUUUUUAGCGGCAUAACGUAGCUAGCAAAUUAGCUAUCGAAGACAGAUAACAUAUUGUUCAUUAAAGGUUAUACAAGGUUACAGUGUGUAUACGUCGCCCGGUUUCAGGUCACUGCACCCACCUCCCAAGAUGUCGUACCCCCCUCACCUGAACCGCCUCCCCCAGUUGCCCCCCGGGAUUUGCCCUCCCCAAUUCGCGGGGUUCCCCCAGGGAGUCCCAGCAGGUACGCCCAUGAUUCCAGUCCACAUGGGGAUUAUGACCUCUGCGCCCGCUGUCAUGGUUCCUACCACAGUGUCUAUGGUCCAGAUGCCUCCUGGCCCUAGGAAGGAUCUGAACCCAGUCCGAGUCAAGGAGAACCAGGAUGGGGGCAGUGGAGACCCCACCACCACAGUGUUUGUUGGGAACAUCUCCGAGAAGGCUUCAGACAUGCUGGUCAGACAGCUGUUAGCGAAAUGUGGCCUGGUCCUGAGCUGGAAGAGGGUCCAAGGGGCUUCUGGGAAACUGCAAGGUAAAAACAAAACAGCGUUUGGUUUCUGUGAGUACAAGGAGCCAGAGUCCACCCUGCGUUCCCUUCGUCUGCUACAUGAGCUGUUGCUGGGAGACAAGAAGCUGCUGGUCAAGGUGGAUGCUAAGACCAAGGCCCAGCUUGAAGAAUGGAAGGCUAGGAAGAGGAACGCCAAUGGGGGAGCCAAGUCUGAGGACGGGCCCAAGGAAGAAGAGGACGAGGAAGAGGUUCUUGACGAAGACACAAAGCGUCGUGACCACAUAGUGAAAGGGGCGAUCGAGGGGUUGAUCCGGGAGUACGGCAGUGAGCUCAACGCCCCUUCUCAGGACGGAGACAACCAGCCCCGCAAGAAGAAGAGAGAGAAGAAAGAGGAGGAGGACAUCAAUGUGAUGGACAUGGAAGAUGACAAAAGAGACCUGAUAUCCAGAGAGAUCAGUAAAUUCAGAGACACUCACAAGAAACUGGAGGAGGAGAAGGGAAAGAAAGAGCAGGAACGGCAAGAGAUCGAUAAGGACAGGAGGGAGAGGGACAAAGAGAGGGAGCGAGAGAGGGAGCGCCGGGACCGCGAGAGGGAGAAGGAGAGAGAGAAGGAGAAGGAACGAAACGACAACAACAACAAGGAGAGAGAGCGGGACCGGGAUCGAGAACGCAUCGAUCGGGACCGUGAACGGACGAGGGAGAGGGAGAGGGGAGACAGAGGAGAGAGGGAGCGCGUGAAGGAGAGGAGUCGAGAAGUCAGCAUAGACCGCAGUAGAUCCAGAGAACGGAGCCGCGAUGAGAAGAAACACGACCGCGAGGAGGAUCAGGAGGAGGCGUACGAACGCAGGAAACUGGAGAGGAAGAUGAGGGACAAGGAGACUGCCUACCAGGAACGUCUGAAGAACUGGGAGAUGAGAGAGAGGAAGAAGACUCGGGACUACGACAAAGAGAACCAACGAGAGGACGAGAGACGGCGUGAGAUGACCAAAGAAGGCAAGCGCCUGAAAGAGUUCCUGGAAGAUUAUGACGAUGACAAAGACGACCUGAAAUACUACAGGGGUAGUGCUUUACAGAAGCGUCUGAGAGACCGUGAGAAGGAGACGGAGCUGGAUGAGAGAGACAGGAAGCGGGAGAAGGAGGAGCAUGAUCAGAUCAGACAGAGACUGUUAGCUGAGGGACACCCAGACCCUGAGGCCGAGCUGCAGAGGAUGGAGGAGGAGGCAGAGCGGAGGCGGCAGCCCCCAGUGAAGCCGGUGCCAGAGGAGGAGGUGCAGCAGGAGAAACCAAACCGGGACAGGGAGCACCGGGAGAGGGAGCACCGGGAGAGGGAGCACCGAGAGAGGGAGCACCACAGGGACAGGAGAGGAGCAGACAGGCCUUCUCUCCAGCACCUUCAACCCCAAUCAGACGAUGACUUGGAGGAAGGGGAGGAGCUUGAUGAUUGUGACCGGGAGGACUCAUCAGAUGCCAGGCCAAACCCAAACCUGAAGCCCACGAUGCGGCCAAUAACAUCGGCCCCCUCGGUGUCGUCGGGCAGCGGCGGCGCCACACCCAACUCCCCCGGCAACGAGUCUCCGUGCGGCAUCAUCAUCCCUCAUGAAAAUUCUCCUGAAGCCCGGCCCACUGAAGAACAGCAUCCCAAGAUUGGCCUCAGCCUCAAACUGGGCGCCAGCCCCAACCAUCAGAUCCACACUGGGAGUAAACGUAAGAAGCUGGCCAACGUCGACAGCGUCUUCAACAAGUUCGGCGAGGAGGAGGCCGACGAAGCGCCUCGUAAACGUAAGCUGGUUCCGCUGGACUACGGCGAGGAUGAUAAGAGCUUGGGUCUGGACGGGGCAGAGGUACCCGGAGGGAAGGGAGGACAAAACACAGAGGAGAAACGGAAACACAUCAGGAGUCUCAUUGAGAAGAUCCCUACGGCCAGACCGGAUCUGUUUAACUACCCUCUGGACUGGACUGCUGUGGACUCGACUCUGAUGGAGCGCCGCAUCAGGCCCUGGAUCAACAAGAAGAUUAUAGAGUACAUCGGAGAGGAGGAAGCUACGCUAGUGGACUUUGUCUGUUCGAAGGUGAUGUCUCACGGCACACCGCAGGGGAUCUUGGAUGAUGUUGCCAUGGUUCUGGACGAGGAGGCAGAGGUGUUCAUAGUUAAAAUGUGGAGGCUGUUGAUCUACGAAACGGAGGCCAAGAAGAUUGGUCUGGGGAAAUGAAGACUAGUACUACUACAGUACUACUAUCUAGUACUACUACAGUACUACUAUCUAGUACUACUACAGUACCACUGUUGUGAGGGACAGUUUUUUUUUUUUUUUUUCCUCCGGCUCUCAAGUCUCUUUAUUUCUCUUGACUGAUCACACGGACACCUCUCACUCACUAGGGUGUUGAGACUAUGAGCAUGGGCCUAUUACCAGUCCCCAACCCCCCCCCCCCCUCUACUCCCCCAACCCCCUCUACCGCUCCCCCCAAAAGAUCUCUUUUAAAUGAGUAUAAACUUCCCUGAGUCAAUACAUGUUAGAAACACCUUUUGGCUGUGCUAUACAGCUGUGUCUUUCUGGGUAAGUCUCUUAAGAGCUUUUCACACCUCGAUUGUACAAUAUUUUGCCGUUUAUUCUUUUUUUAA